AAAACAUCGCGCGUUCUGUGGCGUAUCGCGAUUCCUCGGUAGGGCUUUCUUCCACCCAGAACCCUCGCGGAGGCUGGUGGUCAGUCUUCUACACUUCGCUUCCUGAUCCGCUUCUGGUGGAUCGAAGGAAGAAAGAGAGACAUCUGAGCAAUGAGCAAAUUACAGAGUGAUGUCCUGAGGGAAGCAAUCUCCCAGGUUGUUGGUGAUUCUCGGGAGAAGAAACGGAAAUUCACCGAGACAGUCGAGUUGCAAAUUGGUCUGAAAAAUUAUGAUCCUCAGAAGGACAAGCGUUUUAGUGGGUCUGUAAAGCUUCCUCAUAUUCCUCGCCCUAAAAUGAAAGUAUGCAUGUUGGGAGAUGCUCAACAUGUCGAGGAGGCAGAGAAGAUAGGGCUAGAUUAUAUGGAUGUUGAAAGUUUGAAAAAGAUGAACAAAAAUAAGAAGCUGGUUAAGAAACUUGCUAAAAAGCACCACGCUUUCCUGGCAUCAGAGGCUAUCAUCAAACAGAUUCCUCGUCUUCUUGGCCCUGGUCUGAACAAGGCAGGGAAAUUUCCCACUUUGGUCACUCACCAAGAAUCUUUAGAGUCAAAAGUUAAUGAGACAAAAGCAAUGGUAAAGUUUCAACUCAAGAAAGUUCUUUGCAUGGGUGUUGCAGUGGGUAACUGUGCAAUGGAGGAGAAGCAGAUCUUUCAGAAUGUGCAACUCAGCGUGAAUUUCCUUGUCUCUUUGCUGAAAAAGAACUGGCAAAAUGUGAGAUGCUUGUACCUGAAGAGCACCAUGGGGAAGCCAUACCGAGUGUUCUAAGUUAGCUCCUUUCUCAGGCUGGUGAUCCAUAAAAUCUAAAUUCUACUUUAUCUUCCAUAUUUUGUUCAUUAAGCAGUAUUGAAGGUCUAGGUUUAUUAAAAGCUCAUGUUCUGUUUGGUGUCAACAUCCAUCAGAAGGUAUUUAUUCUUGUUAUGCUUCUAAUAUUUCGGUGGACAUUUGAGUUUUAUUCAUCUUUUUGUGAACAUUUGCAGCC